AGCAGCACGAUGACCUCCUGAACAACGUGGAGCAAAAAGCAUAGCUAGCUAGAUAGAUAGAUAGAGAACAGGAAACUGUCUUCUCGGUAGGACAGAGGCUUUGUGUCGUAACCUUUCUUGUCAGACACUACACAGACUCUCACCUCACGGUCUGUACAAGGGAACGAGGGAGGAGAGACCCUGAUGAUGAAGUGACGUUGGGCGUGUACCGCGCUCCAGAAUUCUUCGCCCACACCAGCUCUUUGGUGGCUCGGUCAAGAUGUGAGCGGAUGAUUUCUUUUGUCUAACACUGUGGACUUCCUGAUUUGGGGGUUUUCUUUCUUUUUUUUUUUACUUUGACCACAUUUCCCACUUCCCAUCCCAUGCGUUGUGGGGCCAAUGGUUGAUUUGAAGGUGUAUUUGCUCUGAUCUGGAUAAGUUACUGAAGCCUGAUGAAGAAUAAGGCUGCCAAGCUGAAGUCCAAAAGGAAAGGAACUGAAAAUGCAUUCGGCUGUGACUUGACUGAACAUCUGCAGAAUUCAGGACAAGACGUUCCUUAUGUUCUGAAGAUGUGUGCAGAGUUCAUAGAGAAACAUGGGAUUGUGGAUGGAAUCUACAGACUCUCAGGAAUCACAUCCAACAUUCAAAAACUCAGACAGGAGUUUUGCUCUGAAUCCUGUCCUGACCUCACUAAAGAAGUGUAUCUUCAGGAUAUCCACUGCGUGGGCUCUUUAUGUAAGCUGUACUUCAGAGAGCUCCCCAACCCUCUCCUCACCUAUGAACUCUACAAGAAAUUUACAGAUGCAGUGUCAAUUAAAGAGGAGCAGGAGCAACUCCAAAACAUCAGGAGUGUCAUAAAAGAACUUCCUGUUUCACACUUGAGAACUCUGGAAUACCUCACCAAACAUUUGGCACAUUUAGCUACCCUCAGUCACCAAACCAACAUGCAUGCUCGCAAUCUUGCCCUGGUGUGGGCUCCAAAUCUACUUCGCUCCAAGGAGGUAGAGGUGCCCUCCUGCAAUGGUGAUAUAGCAUUUCUGGAGGUGCGGGUCCAGCAGUCAGUUGUGGAGUUUAUUCUCAACCACACUGAGCAAAUCUUCAACCAGGAUGUUCAGCCAUCCAAGUCCAGAGAAGGCCCAAGCAUGGCCUGUGGGGAGAAGUAUGCCACCUUGCCUGCCAGCACGCAGUGUGGCCCCAUGAAGCUCAUGAGUCUCGAAGAGGCGCAGGCUCGCUCUCUCAGUCCCAACCACCCAGCAAUGAGAGAGAGGCAAAGAGAGAACAGCCUUCCAGAUACCAGCACUGCUGCAAUGUAUCAUACAGUAAUAGAUCUGUCUGACAGCAGAAGAAAAUUCUCAGGAAAAUCUAAGAAGUGGAAGUCCAUCUUCAGUCUUGGACGAUCUGUCAUCGACUCUAAAGGGAAACUGAGUCGCAACGGGAGUGUGUUUAUGAGAGCCCAAAAUCCCUCAGAAAAACCUGCUAUACGGCCAUCCAAAAGCAUGGACUCUCUCUGUUCCUUUCAGGCAGCAGAUGAGGACAAAGCACCAACAGAAGGAAGCAAUGGCAUCUUUGUCCCAGUUCUAAAAUCCCGAACCCUGGGCUCAGAUAUCGACUACAAUCUGAACAAGACGGAUCAAAAAUGGGACUUAGAUCCUCAUACUGCAUCCGGAGGAUCCCUAAAUGAGAAAAGAGAAGGAGCAUCAAAUGCCUCCUCUUCAUCUCCAUCUUUAUCCCAACUGCAGAAAACUCUUCCGGAACAGCUGAAAGUUUUCAAAGGUGAUGACCGCAGCGGCUGCCAGCCCACAUCUCCCAAAAACCGUCGGAUGUUAUAUUCUGGAUCUGCCAGUAAUGGAUCUAGACCGUCUUUUCCAGGCAGCCUGUUUCCACUGGAGUCAUCGCCGCGGCACCAACGGAAGGCUCUCAACAUUUCUGAACCCUUCGCAGUGUCUGUACCUUUGCGUGUGUCUGCAGUUAUUAACUCUAACAGCACCCCCUGCAGGGCACCAGGGAAAGAGCGGGACAGGGGUUUGGGGGGACUCUUUAAGCCCACUAAGGAGGCUGGACCUCUGGAACCCCAUCGCAGUGAAAGUAUUGGCACUGCUGGAUUGCGAGUCCCCAGCAGUGGCGGCAGUGGGAACUUUACGUUCACAGACUGGGAGACUGGACUAGCAGGUCACAACAGCAGUACUGGGUACAGAGAGAACCCGCUCAGUGACAGCAGUGGAGGCAGCGGAUGCAGUAUCUAUAGCAACAGCAGCUCUUUCCCCGUGGAAAAUGAGGAUCAGGCUGGGGAAAGAAAUACUACAGACGUGCUCACUCUGGGGACAACAAAGAGCAAGGAUGCAGAAGUGAGAGAGCUGAUAGCCAGUGUGGAGAAUUUUGAACCUCAGGCGUCAUCUGAGACUACAAAAAUUAAGGAAGAACUGGAAACUACAUCAACGCAACAAGAUAUGGAAAAAUUGGACAAACUGGAACUAAUCAAAAAGGUGCCAUCAUCUGGCAUGCAUCAAAAAGUUUCGGUCACUGAGGCUGAAACAAACAUGCCAGAUGAACAGGUGAAGCCUAGCUUCACCAAGAUUACUGGAAAUGAGGACACUUGCAAGCUAAGUGCCCAAGCACAGAGAAGAAGCAGUUUGCCUACCAACACUGCAGCAUCAAAGGGACUCUUUAUAGAUCUUACCAAAAAUGUAAUGUUUGAUCAUUCUGGUGCUACUACAUUUAAUUCUGUGAUGAAGCAUUUCCCUGAAAGAUUGUUGUCAUGUGAUGGUAGCUGGAAUUACUUGGAUAAUGAUGUUGACAGGACAGACCACAAGAGCCUAGGGUUGCAAACCAUAAUAACAACCAAUCUAGAACUUUCCCCAUUUCUACACCUAAAGGAAACAGAUAUUCUCCAAGAUGCAGAGCCAUACAGCGAAGAGGAACUAAGAACAGAUCCUGGUAAGAAAGACAACACUUCCAAAAGUGACUUGUCAGAUAAUUCAAGCAGCUAUACAAAAUCGGAUGUUCUCACAUCUCGUCACGCGGACACAAAAGAACCAUUAGUAUCAAAGGAAAUUUGUGAAAAAGAAAAUGAGGUUAGUGAUAAACCCCAGAAACUUGACUUAGCAGGAAGAAUCAAGGGAAGUUUAGAAAGACUCUCAACUUGUCCGAAUGAACAUCACCACACACUGGAAAGUUUUUAUCAAGAUGAUGGAGACACAUGGGGGAGUCAUUUGGGUGGUUUGGAUCAGGUUGAACCAUGGGAGGACUUGUGUUCCGCCAAGCAGUGGGUAACUAGUCCUUUACACUCACCAAAACUUGAGGAUCACUUACCUAUACCAAGAGAGACCAUGCCAUGUCUAGCAAUUCACAACCAAGUUCUUGACAAUCCAAAAGUGAAUGACUUGCCCAAAAGCAAGAAGGUUGAAGCUAAAGAACCAGCUGUGCUUAAUGACAUUACAUCAUCUCAAACAGAGGCUGCUGUGACAGCUGCCUGUGAACUUGGAAACUCUGACUUCCCAACAGGAAACAAAAAUGCAGGCACAGAUGUAGCUUGUUUUGCACAGAUAACAGAGCAUUUUGACAGUGAUAACCUCAAGUGGAUGGGAGACAAAGACAACAGCAAACUGGAGAUUCCACAGGUUAAGAUAUUGAAGACAUUCACCGAUCCAGAUGAUACUACUGGACUGCAAAACAUGAGCAAAGCAAAACAGAAAUGCUCUUCUCCUUCUCAGAGGUUUCAUCGACAAACAUCCCAUGAGUCCUGCAUCGUGGAGAGAAGUCACGAAAACAUUAAACCCAAACUCAGGCCAUGCUCCCUUAACCUUGAUUUAGGACACCAAGGUGUCAGAGACAUUUCAAAUAGUCAGUAUCUGAAAAGUGCAAAACAUUCAAAUGCACAGGAAUGGUUGACACCUGAAGCCAAGCAUGGUAGCUCAUCUCUAGAGUUGGAGCUAUUCCUCAGUGGCUCCAAGGCCCCUGUGCGACGCAACUCGGCACCAGUUAGUGUGUCAUCAGUCCGUACUGCAUUCAUGAUCAAAACUUGCAAAGCUAAAGCUGUUCCUGUUAUUCCACCAAAAAUUCAGUAUAGCCACAUACCUCAUGCUCUACCUGAGGGGAGCACUGAUCAAGUCAGUAAAAGUACAUCUGAAAAGAAACCUGCUAAGAGCAAGUUGGGAAAAGCGGGUUCUGCACUUCCCCUCCAGAAAGUCAGAGACCACAGGGAGGAUGUGUCAAGCAGUGAACCACCAUCAGCGGUCCAAAGACAGAUUCCCAUGAGCAAUGCAACAUGCAACGAGAAUUACAAGCCAACCUCCAUUCCAGACCUUCCAGUGUUGAGAAGGAAGCGAUCUGCAAAUGGGGACACAUUUAUGGAUCGUCCUAGACCUGAGCGCUCAUCGCUUCUUCAGAGAUCGUCCUUCAGAAAUCGUCCAAGACCUCAAAGUCUCAUCCUGUUCAGCCCUCCAUUUCCAAUCAUGGACUACCCUCCAGUAGGGGAUGAUGGUAAACUAGUCCUAUCUCCUAUUAAAGCUGAAGCAUCACCAUUUGACGUCUAUUCAAAUGAACUAGCGGAAAACCUCAAAACUACUGAGGGGGUAACCUUGCGUAAUAAAAUGACUUUGCCAAAGAGUGGACAAAGGCUUGAGACUUCAACCAGUUGCUUUUACCAGCCACAAAGGAGGUCAAUGAUAUUCGACAACAGAAGUAACAGGCAAAUUGAAUGAGAUAAGACUGAUCCAUUACUGGCCAUCAUGCAAUAACUAGCAACUUCUUGCUUAUUAAUUGUGACCGAGUGUCAGUAUACCUAGAAACACACAAUGAUGCUUGGAAAUCAAGGUGCCGUUAAUCCUGAUAAUACAGAUUUGUAAGUAUUAAGCUUUGUGUAAAAUGCUGCUGCUAAGGAUUUAUAUCAGAGAUUUUUUUUUCUUUUUCUAUAUUUGCAAGGAAAACUGAAACAUGCCUUAGGAUAAACCUGGGAAACUCAGCAGGCUCCUACUGUCGAUGUAAAUACAGACUGUGCAAGCAUGUCUCAGUUUAAAUUGACUUAAUUCCCUUCACGUGGAACUCAAGGUCUUAGUGUCUGUUAUUACUUUAUCAUGAUUGGAAAUAUUUUGUUCACAAUUGGAGUGAUUUAUAAAUGAUCUACAAAUCCGCAUGAUAAGAAAAAAAAUAAGCAGUUUCAAAAAAUGACAAAAACAUUUAUUUAUUCCAUAUUGUCUUGUUUUGUCAUUGUCAUACAAAUCUGUACUUCUGUAAGUCCAUAAAGAGUAAAAAUCAAUUUGUACAAAUGUUUGGAGUAAAAGUAAAAGUCCAGCGGUUUGAAGAUAGUUUAAAGGUCAAUGUUCUUGAAUAAUUCAAAUGUUGCUUCAAGCUGUUUUCUCUAUUUUGUAGAUACAUUUUUAUAUAUUUUCAAAUCUCCUAAUUACUUGGUUAACAGAAAUGUAUGAAAAAAAGAUACUGUGGUCUCAAAAAAAAAAAAAAGAAUAUAAAAAAAGUCCAUGUUUUAUAGAAACUGUAAAGCAGAGAAGUUUUGACAAUGUAUUUUGAAGAAAGGCAGAGACAAGGAUGAAAGAUCAUGAUGAUGAUGUUGUCAGUUGUGUAAUCAGACAACACUAACCUUGUGAUAUGCUCUUUUUGUAUUCAAUCAAAUUGGAUUUAUUGUAUGUAUACUAUUCUAAACAAAAUAAUAAAAGUAUUUCACAUGUAA